GCACAGGCAGCCGCGAUGAGGGUCAGCGAGAAGUACUCGACGCUCCCGGCCGAGGACCGCAGCGUCCACAUCAUCAACAUCUGCGCCAUCGAGGACAUCGGCUGCCUGCCGUCCCAGGGCACGCUGCUGAACUCGCUGUCCGUGGACCCCGACGCCAAGUGCAAGUACGGCCUGUACUUCCGGGACGGCAAGCGCAAGGUGGACUACGUGCUGGUGUACCACCACAAGAGGCCGUCGGGCAGCCGGCCGCUGGCCCGCCGGCCGCUGCAGCAGGACCAGCCCCUGCCCGGCAAGGGCAGCCCGCCGGGCGCGGGCGCGCAGGAGCCCCCGCUGGACUUCCACGAGGACGACAAGCGGUUCCGCAGGGAGGAGUACGAGGGGAACCUGCUGGAGGCGGGUCUGGAGCUGGAGCGCGACGAGGAGACGAAAAUCCACGGAGUUGGGUUCGUGAAGAUCCACGCACCCUGGAAUGUGCUGUGCAGAGAGGCGGAGUUUUUGAAACUGAAGAUGCCGACCAAGAAGCUGUAUCACAUUAACGAGACCCGGGGCCUCCUGAAAAAGAUCAACUCCGUGUUCCAGAAGAUCACAGACCCCAUCCAGCCCAAGGUGGCGGAGCACAGACCCCAGACCACGAAGAGACUCUCCUACCCCUUCUCCAGGGAGAAACAGCACCUAUUCGACCUGUCUGACAAGGAUUCCUUUUUCGACAGCAAGACUCGGAGCACAAUAGUCUACGAAAUCCUGAAGAGAACGACGUGUACCCGAGCCAAGUACAGCAUGGGGCAAAGAGAGGGAAGAAAGAAGGAAUCUGCCCUUUUAAGUAAAAGGCGAAAAUGUGGUAAAUACGGCAUCACCAGUCUGCUGGCCAACGGCGUUUACUCCGCGGCCUACCCCCUGCACGAUGGAGACUACGAAGGUGAGAACGUGGAGUUCAACGACAGAAAACUCCUGUACGAAGAGUGGGCCAGCUACGGUGUCUUCUACAAGUACCAGCCCAUCGACCUGGUCAGGAAGUACUUUGGGGAGAAGAUCGGCCUGUACUUCGCCUGGCUGGGCGUGUACACCCAGAUGCUCAUCCCCGCCUCCGUGGUGGGGAUCAUCGUUUUCCUCUACGGAUGCGCCACGGUGAACGAGAACAUCCCCAGCAUGGAGAUGUGUGACCAGAGAUACAACAUUACCAUGUGCCCGCUGUGUGACAAGACCUGCAGCUACUGGAAGAUGAGCUCGGCGUGCGCCACAGCCCGGGCCAGCCACCUCUUCGACAACCCGGCCACAGUCUUCUUCUCCAUCUUCAUGGCCCUCUGGGCCGCCACCUUCAUGGAGCACUGGAAGCGGAAGCAGAUGCGGCUCAAUUACCGCUGGGACCUCACAGGCUUCGAGGAGGAGGAGGAGGCCGUCAAGGACCAUCCCAGAGCCGAGUAUGAAGCUAGAGUGUUGGAGAAGUCCCUUAGGAAAGAAUCCAAGAACAAAGAGAAGCACCGGAAUAUUCCAGAAGAGUCAACAAACAAAUGGAAGCAGAGGGUUAAGACAGCCAUGGCAGGGGUGAAAUUGACCGACAAGGUGAAGCUGACCUGGAGAGACCGCUUCCCAGCCUACUUCACCAACCUGGUGUCCAUUGUCUUCAUGAUAGCGGUGACCUUCGCCAUCGUCCUUGGCGUCAUCAUCUACAGAAUCUCCACGGCUGCCGCCUUGGCCAUGAACUCCUCCCCGUCCGUGCGGUCCAACAUCCGGGUCACGGUCACGGCCACCGCGGUCAUCAUCAACCUGGUGGUCAUCAUCCUUUUGGACGAGGUCUACGGCUGCAUAGCCAAGUGGCUCACCAAGAUCGAGGUCCCGAAGACUGAGAAGAACUUCGAAGAGAGGCUGAUCUUCAAGGCUUUCCUGCUGAAGUUUGUCAAUUCCUACACCCCCAUUUUUUACGUGGCUUUCUUCAAAGGCCGGUUCGUGGGACGCCCGGGCGACUACGUGUACAUUUUCCGAUCUUUCCGCAUGGAAGAGUGUGCCCCCGGGGGCUGCCUGAUGGAACUCUGCAUCCAGCUCAGCAUCAUCAUGCUGGGCAAGCAGCUCAUUCAGAACAACCUGUUCGAGAUCGGCAUCCCGAAGAUGAAGAAGUUCGUCCGCUACCUGCGGCUGAAGCGCCGGAGCCCCGCGGACCACGAGGAGUACGCGAAGCGCAAGCAGCGGUACGAGGCGGACUUCACGCUGGAGCCGUUCGCGGGCCUCACCCCGGAGUACAUGGAGAUGAUCAUCCAGUUUGGCUUCGUCACCCUGUUCGUGGCCUCCUUCCCCCUGGCCCCGCUGUUCGCCCUACUGAAUAACAUCAUUGAGAUCCGCCUGGACGCCAAGAAGUUCAUCACCGAGCUGCGCAGGCCCGUGGCCGUCAGAGCCAAAGACAUCGGAAUCUGGUACAACAUCCUCAGAGGCGUCGGGAAGCUGGCCGUCAUCAUCAACGCGUUCGUGAUCUCCUUCACAUCCGACUUCAUCCCCCGCCUGGUGUACCUGUACAUGUACAGCGCGAACGGGACCAUGCACGGCUUCGUCAACCACACCCUCUCCUCCUUCAACGUCAGCGACUUCCAGGACGGCACGGCCCCCAACGACCCCCUGGACCUGGGCUACGAGGUGCACAUCUGCAGGUACAAGGACUACCGGGAGCCCCCGUGGUCGGAGCACAAGUACGACAUCUCCAAGGACUUCUGGGCCGUCCUGGCGGCUCGGUUGGCCUUCGUCAUCGUCUUCCAGAACCUGGUCAUGUUCAUGAGCGACUUCGUGGACUGGGUCAUCCCCGACAUCCCCAAGGACAUCAGCCAGCAGAUCCACAAGGAGAAGGUGCUCAUGGUGGAGCUGUUCAUGCGGGAGGAGCAGGGCAAGCAGCAGCUGCUGGACACGUGGAUGGAGCGCGCCCCGAAGGGGGCGCCGAGCGGCAACCACAGCCCCGAGCACCACAGGGGCACCCUGUAG